AUGGCAAAACACAACAAACGAUUGCGUCGAUCCGUCCGGGUGGAAGUGUUCCGCGAGUACUGUGCCAACAGCUCCAUCCACGGUGUACGUUACUUCAACCGUGAUGAACGAACGGCUUGUGAACGAUUCUGGUGGCUAGUGGUCUUUCUGCUUUCGUUGCUGGGCUGUGGCGUGAUGAUACACAAGACGUACGAGAAAUGGAAUCAGGCUCCAAUCAUUGUUACCUUUUCGGAGAAACCCACUCCAGUUUGGGAUAUACACUUCCCAGCUGUAACGAUCUGUCCCGAGACGAAGGGAUACUCGCAAGGAUAUAAACUAAAAAUCCAUGCUAUAGAUGAGUAUCCGCAUAUGGCAAAACGCAACCUGCGCCUACCACUCGGACACGAGAUCUCGAUCGCUCUCAAGCCGCAAAUGAUCGUUACCUCUUCGUCGGCCGCUGACUAUGGCUGGGAGAAGCGUCAGUGCUUCUUCAAUCACGAGCGUUACCUUCGCUACUUCCAGAUCUACAAUCAGGAAAACUGUGAGCUAGAGUGCUUAACCAACGUGACGCGCGCAAUGUGUGGAUGUGUUCGCUUUUCGAUGCCAAGAUCAAACGACACAAAGGUCUGCACACUUUCGAUGUGGCAUUGUAUGUACCGCUCAAAGUGGUUCUUACGCCCGAUUCCCGGUCUUAAGCGACAACCUCACAGAGUGAUUCUUGAAAUGGUGAAAAACUGCAACUGUCUGCCAGCGUGCAGUUCGGUUUCUUACGACGUGGAAAUGGCCCAAACUUCGCUCGAUAUGGAAAAGUUCCGACUGGCAAACAAUGAGCUACCGCGCGAUCACUUGGACAAGUAUAAAAAAUGUUUCAAGUAUUCAAGAAAAAUGAACACAUUUAGUAUCACUGUGUCCUUUCUGCAGGUUUACCAUCACAACACUAGCGAUCUACUUCAAGGAGUCGUACUUUAUUUCUUCGAAGCGAUCGGAGCUGUACGGAUGGGUUGA